GUCAGAGACUGCUGGAGAGUUCCUGGAGGUUCCCACACCCUGCAGGAUGAAAGCAGUGGUGCUGACUGUGGCCGUGCUCUUCCUGACGGGGAGCCAGGCUCGGCAUUUCUGGCAGCAAGAUGAACCCCAGUCCUCAUGGGAUCGAAUGAAGGAUUUCGCCACUGUGUACUUGGAUGCAGUCAAAGACAGCGGCAGAGAUUAUGUGACCCAAUUUGAAACCUCUGCUUUGGGAAAACAGCUAAACCUGAAGCUUCUGGACAACUGGGACUCCCUGAGCUCCACUGUCAGUAAGCUGCGCGAACAGAUUGGCCCAGUGACUCAGGAGUUCUGGGAUAAACUGGAAAAAGACACCGUGUCGCUAAGGCAGGAGAUGAACAAGGAUCUGGAGGAGGUGAAGCUGAAGGUGCAGCCCUACCUGGAUGAGUUCCAGAAGAGGUGGCAAGAAGACGUGGAGCGCUACCGCCAGCAGGUGGAGCCGCUAGGCUCCGAGCUGCGCGAGGGCGCGCGCCAGAAGCUGCAGGAGCUGCAUGAGAAGCUGAGCCCACUGGGCCAGGAGCUGCGUGACCGCGCACGCGCCCACGUGGACGCGCUGCGCACGCAUCUGGCGCCCUACAGCGACGAGCUGCGCCAACGCCUGGCCGCGCGCCUCGAGGCGCUGAAGGAGAGCUCCUCCCUCGCGGAUUAUCAGGCCAAGGCCACCGAGCACCUGAGCUUGCUCGGCGAGAAGGCCAAGCCCGCGCUGGAGGACCUCCGCCAGGGCCUGUUGCCGGUGCUGGAAAACCUCAAGAUGAGCUUCUGGAGCGCCGUCGACGAGGCCACCAAGAAGCUGACCACCCAGUGAGGCGCCCGCAGCUACUGCUCCCCAAUUCCAG